AUGAUUUCGCAGAAGCACAGAUGCGGUGAGCUUUUUUCACAACGAUCGGAAGGGUACACUCUCCAUGUCACAGCGUUGUACGAGCAGGUUGUGGUCUCGUGGUCUAGGCCUGGGCAGCCGCAGAGAGAGGUCGGGAUCGCGAAGGAGACACUGGAUAAUCGCUGGCAUUGGGUAGCAUUGAAAUAUCGGCCCAACCCACCUGCUUUGUUGCUCGAAGUUGAUAGGGAAUCGCAGGUGAUAUCAAACGUGACCUGGAAUGGUGAAUUGCUAUCAGCCGGCGCCCUAGAAGCCAACGGUGCAGUGGUAUUAGUGGGUAACGUGUUCAGCGGAUGCCUUCACGAGGGUCCACAACUGGAGUUCCAUGCUGCGUAUCUUUUGCAGACCAAUGUGCGGUUUGGGCAUUGUCCACUAACCACUGAUGAAUGUAAAGAUAGAAAGGACGUGUUACGGAUACCGCCAAAAGACCACUGCUACAACGAGCCGUGUUUGAGACACGGGACUUGUAUAUCGAGACACGAUAGAUAUGAAUGUCAUUGCUCAGCUCGAUACACCGGCAACAAUUGUGAAGUGGACGCGGGUGAUCCCUGUGCGUCCGCGCCUUGUCACCAUGGAGGAACGUGUGUGGAAGACACUCGGGGGGACUACACGUGUCUCUGUCCUAAACAUUAUCACGGUAUGUACUGUGAACUGGAAGACUCGUUAGACCCGCAGUGCGUGGCGGGACCAUGUCGUAACAACGGCUCGUGUAGUGUGCCAACUGGAGCUGAUAGCUAUGUAUGCGAUUGCCUACCAGGUUACUCAGGCCGAAAUUGCGAGACAGAUAUAGAUGAGUGCGCACUAUCGGGCGCGGCUUGUCUUAAUGGCGGCCGAUGUGUUGAUGCCGUUAAUAAUUACACCUGCGAUUGUACUAAUACUGGUUACACCGGCCCCCGUUGUGAUAUAAACAUAAACGAAUGUCUAGAAGAGAAAUCUGUAUGCGGGCAUGGAGUGUGUUACGACACAUACGGAUCAUUCGUGUGUGCCUGUUUACCCGGGUAUACGGGUGACCGGUGUCAAAAGAUGUCAGCGUGCGCGUCCGGACCCUGUGGCGUCGGUGGUGCAUGUGUAGAAGAAAACAACGGGGCCGGUUUCCGUUGCGUAUGUGCACGUGGUCUCGCGCCGCCUUUGUGUGUGCCGCAAGCCCCGCCCACUACGGUUGCCACGCCCUCGAGCUCCGCUCCUUCUACGCUCGUCACACCCGUGUCCGCUUGUGAGGAGGUCUCGUGCCCGCCUAGGUCACAUUGUAGACAAGGUGUGACUGGAAUGGUAGCGGGAAUAGUACUCACCAAGCAAGUUCUUUGUGUCUGCGAUAUUGGAUAUUAUGGUGCUCCAGGUGUAUCACCAAACUGCAGCACUCUGGAAAGCGUUUGUGAGAGCGGAGUCUGUCAGAACGGUGGUACUUGCACCAGGACACCAGAACACUUUAAUUGUACUUGCCCGCCGCCUUAUAGAGGUAUGUACUGCGAGGUGGGGCCUUCGGGCAAAGCUUUAUCGGAACCAAAAGUCGAGCGUUGCGCCUCCGUACCUUGCCUCCAUUCUACGGGUUGCCGCGAUACGCCAACCGGAUUCCGUUGCGAUUGUGAGGCGGGUUGGACGGGGGCACGAUGUGAAGUAAAUAUGACCCCUUCACUUGCUGGUGAUUGUGGUCGGGGAUGCGCCAAUGGGGGGGCAUGUCGCGGCACUGAGUGCGAUUGUCGUCCAGGUUUUGGGGGUCCGUAG